AUGGCUCAUACAUCGAGCGACGCAUAUGUGCUCGGCGUGGGCUUGACGAAGUUCCUCAAACCUCGCCGGACCCGCGAAUACCCUGAGUUGGGGUACGAAGCGUGUGUCAAGGCGCUUACCGACGCGCAAGUCACUUAUGAUGAAGUCCAAACAGGAAUCGGGUGCUAUGCCUACGGCGAUACGACAUCGACGCAGAGAGUUCUCUAUCAACUCGGGAUGACUGGAAUCCCGAUCUAUAAUGUAAACAACGCGUGCGCCACCGGCUCUACAGGCCUCCAUUUAGCACGCCGCAUGGUCAAAGGCGGCCUGGCGGACUGCGUCCUCGUCGUCGGGUUUGAACAAAUGCGCCCGGGCUCCAUCAAGAGCGUCUGGGAUGACAGGCCCAGUCCUCUGGGCCCUUCGACGACCAUGAUGGAGGAUACCUAUGGGAAGCACGACUCGCCGCGAAAUGCCCAAUACUUUGGAAAUGCGGGCCAAGAGUACAUUGAGCGAUACGGAGCGAAGGCGGAGGACUUCGCCGAGAUCGCACGAAUCUCCCACGAGCAUUCGCAAAGGAACCCCUAUGCCCAGUUCCAGACGGAGUACUCGUUGGACGAGAUCCUCAAGUCUACCCCGGUCUAUGGGCCUCUCACCAAGCUCCAAUGCUCCCCGACAAGCGACGGCGCAGGAGCUGCUGUCAUUGUAUCACAGCGUUUCCUCGAUGCCCGUCCUCAUCUGAAAGCGAAUGCCAUCUUGAUGGCGGGCCAGGCGCUCCUAACCGAUGGCCCCGAGGUCUAUUCAAAGAGCGCCAUUGACCUCGUCGGUUUUCACAUGUCCCGCCAAGCAGCUGCAGAGGCCCUCAAGGAGGCUGGGGCGAAGAUCGAGGAUAUCAAAGUAUGCGAAGUGCAUGACUGCUUUUCCACUAACGAGCUCCUCUUACUCGAUGCCUUGGGCUUCGCGCAGCCAGGGAAGGCUCAUGAAAUGGUUCGACGGGGCGACAUUACCUACGGCGGGCGCGGUCCUAUUGUCAACCCUUCCGGGGGGUUGAUCUCCAAGGGCCAUCCUCUUGGUGCAACGGGGCUCGCUCAGUGUGCUGAGCUAACCUGGCAGCUUCGCGGAUGGGCAAAUAAUCGGCUUGUUCAAAACACCGGUGUUGCGCUGCAGCAUAAUCUGGGCUUGGGAGGAGCAGUUGUCGUCACGAUUUAUAAGAGAGCGGACGGCAAGACCAAUCGCCAGUUGACAGACGAGGAAGUGAAAAAAGCUUCCAGCAUAGGAUAUAACCCGGCGGUGGAAGCCCGCUACAUCACACCAGAAGAUGGCGAGCGGGUCCGGAGCAAGACUAAGCGCCAUGAUUAUCCUCUCGAAGACACUGUGACGAAACUCCGGGCUCGGAUUUAA